CCGUCUGUGGGAAUCGAACCCACGACCACGUGGUUAAAAGCCACGCGCUCUACCGGCUGAGCUAAGACGGCUUGCGUACUUACCUUCACAGUCGUUAAAUAUCAUUUCCGUUCUUAGUAAACCACCAGCAAACAUCAGCCGUGGGGGAAAACGAGGGAGUACUGAUUACCUCAUAAUUACGUUUCGCAGCUUUUGUCUGAUUACCCUGAUUACUUCCAAGUUGUUGGCGAAGGUAGAAAUGGGGAGUGUGGUGAUGAAAUGUUGUGUUUGGAGCUGGUAUCGUGGAAGAAUGAAUUGGCCGUGUCUGAGAUGGAAAGAAGAAUGGCUUUAGGGGAUUUGAGGAAUGUCAAGAAAGGAGCUCGAAUUGGGUUCUUGUUGAGCUAUCCUACGGGGUUUGAUUUGGUGAGUAAGGUGAAAGAUUGGGUCUUUGAAUGGCAGAAUCUUGCCGUACGUUUCUCCGUAUGAAAAUGCUUUUCAUUUGAACCCUAAUGGAGAUCAAGCUGAGAAGUGGACCGUGGCAGUGUUACACGAGCUGCUGUGGUUGUUAGUGUCCAAGAGAACCGAGAGUGAAAAUUUGCUUCUUUUGGGGGAGUAUUUGGGAUUUGGAAGGAGAUUUAAGCAUGCUUUGGUUCAUCAUCCCGGUAUAUUCUAUCUCUCACAUAAGAUUAGGACGCAAACGGUUGUGCUCAGGGAGGCUUAUUCAAAGGGUUUCCUGGUGGUGAAGCACCCUUUGAUGGGUAUGAGGUUUAGGUACAUUCACCUUAUGAAUAUUGAUAAGGAAAGUCAAAGGCGACGGAAGUUGAUGCAGAGUGAAACUUUGUUGAUGACGAAGAAGAUGUCUUUACCUGCUAAGAUAUCAGGGGGGAAAGGAAAUUUGAAAGGUGGUAACGGGGAUGGAGCAGUAAAGAAACCAAAUGAUUCUUAGGAUUCUGAACUCGAGGUUUCCGAUUAUGAAUGAGAUGCUGGUUCGAUGUCUCCGUGCUUGAGAAGCUGGAAAUGUGGUUGAUCCAACCUUGCCAUACUUAUCCAUUAAGAGAGAGCAGCAAACAAGAACCACUGAAGUGCUUUAUCUACCAGUAUUCAUGGGUGAGACAUUGUUGCAUGAAUACCGGCUUAUUUGGUGGUAUAUUUCACUUGCCUCUUUUCAAACUCUUCCUGUUGCGCAUUUCCUUCUGAGUUGUUACUGGUGGGAACUUGAAGGAUUUGAUAUGAACUGUGCCUCAGUACUUAACUACUAGGUUUCGAUUGAACAUGUUUCUGUUUCACAUCUUUUUGUACUAGCACAUGGACUGUGAAUUCAUUGGGAUCUGUUUUGGAUUCCAAUGCAUGUGUCAUACCUUAUUUGUUUUCAUAAUUAGGUUUAAGACCGGUUUUCAUGAUUAUGUAGUGGAUUUAGAGUUCGUGAUUCCACUUGAGCUACUGGUUGGGGAUCUCUUACUAAGUCUGUGCCCUAGCAGAUCCAUGGUUUACCAUAAGGACCGAGAUAAGCCUUGUCAUGUGAUCCACCUUAUUUGUUUUCAUAAUUAGGUUUAAGACGGGUUUUCAUGAUUAUGUAGUGGAUUGAGAGUUCGUGAUUCCACUUGAGCUACUGGUUGGGGAUCUCUUACUAAGUCUGUGCCCUAGUAGAUCCAUGGUUUACCAUAAGGACCGAGAUAAGCCUUGUCAUGUGAUCCUUUCUGUGUUUUGAUCCCAUGAAUGCAUGCAUGUCAUCUUGUCAUGUGAUUUGCUCAAGCUAAUGGGAGUUUCGAGAAGUCCUUCUGAAAUUCCCAGUGGAUGGAACUUUGAAACCGAGGAAGGCUCUGGAAGAUUGUUAAUGGAUAAGUUUUUCCAUCUGAUUUGCUGCUUGUACAAUUCCUGCUUGUAUAUGAAGCAACUGAACAGCACAGUGAUUGUACAGUUCAGUCUGAAACUUGAGCUGUCUUCUGCUUUGGAUUUUAUGUGCCCUGAAAUAAUAUCGGACUGCUCUUUUCAACAGUGAUUGUAGAGGAGAUGGCUACAAAUCGCAGAUUAUGUGUUUGAACCUGCUAUACUGGUUACUCCACUUGGUAUUCUGAGCAUCAUCAGCAGGCAUGAUACUCCAUAUUCCUGUAGAUUAAGUUUACAUUUCCAGUAUUGAGCUCUGAAUGUUUUCUGGUUCUUUGCAGUGCAGUUCUUGCACAUGUUGCUUUAAGACAGGUUUCAUCUUGUUGGUGUUCUUGGUUGUCCUACAUGCUCCAGAAGAACAGUGAAGUGGGAUUUGUGAUAAGAGGUUUGGAAUCUAUCUCUUGAGCCGGGCAUAAGCCCAUCCACCUUUGUAAAUCUGUGCUGCUCUGAGAAGUAGAUCCAGAAUUUGUUUUUGUUUUAUUAAUACUUUACUGCAGAUGAU